UUUCCAUAGUACCAGCCCAGAAGAUGCUGAAACUGGUUUGCAGUCACUGACCCGCCCCAAAAUCCCUUGGAAAGUUAGAGGGAGCAUCAGGAGGGGAGGCAAAGACCUCCUGUCUGGACUUGUCCAUGGUACUGACAGAACAGAUACAAUGAACUGGCCUCUCAGUAACAUGAAAAUCCUUUAAUUAGUCAAUUAAACAACACUGAGCAGCUCAUUAAUGCCACGAAGUCAUGCAAGUCAGUAUCCAGAAUAAUAGUGGAGCUUUUUAUAUUUGAAGUCAUUGUUCCUCUGUUCUGAGAUACUGUAUCUUCUUUAAAUUGGGAUUUAUUCUGGUGCUGAUGGUGAAGGAGCUUUGAGGAGGACUAAGUACUAGGAGAGAGGAGGUUUGCACACUGUGGUGUUAUAAUGACAUUACUUGCACUAAGAAAAGCAACAAUCCUCCUCACUGCUAGAAGCAUCUUGUAACUGUGUCUGCUGGUUCUUUGGCUCAUUCACCUUGUACCUAUUGCUGCUGCUAGCCACCUACUGUAUCCCUGGGAUAUAACCAAUAUGAGAAUCUGCCACUUUCUAUCUCUUAACAAUUAAACAAUUAAUCACAAGAUUCACUGAAGCAAUAAUGGAUUCAAUAAAACAAAGGAUUUUAACUCCUGGUAAAGAAGGGCUGAAGAAUUUUGCAGGAAAAUCUCUUGGUCACCUACACAGGGUUCUGGAGAAAAAACCCAAAUCAGGUGAAAAUAUUGAGUUAACCGAAGAUGGGAAACCACUCAGAACAUCUGAGAAAAAAGCCCCUUUAUGUGACUGCACCUGUUUUGGUUUACCCCGGAGGUAUAUUAUUGCCAUUAUGAGUGGUAUAGGCUUCUGUAUCUCGUUUGGGAUUCGUUGCAAUCUUGGAAUGGCUAUCGUGGAUAUGGUUACUAAUAGCACCAUUCAUGGAGGAACAAUUAUCAAACAUAAAGCAGAAUUUGAUUGGAACUCAGAAGUAGUUGGAAUGAUACAUGGUUCUUUCUUUUGGGGUUACAUUGUCACUCAAAUUCCCGGAGGAUAUAUAGCAUCCAGAUUAGCAGCUAACAGGGUCUUUGGUGCGGCCAUUGUCCUGACUUCUACUCUGAACAUGCUCAUUCCGUCUGCAGCCCGGGUACACUACGGCUGUGUAAUAUUUGUGAGGAUUUUACAAGGGCUUGUUGAGGGUGUGACUUAUCCUGCGUGCCAUGGCAUAUGGAGCAAGUGGGCGCCACCGUUAGAAAGAAGUAGACUGGCAACCACCUCUUUUUGCGGGUCCUAUGCAGGAGCAGUUGUCGCAAUGCCUCUCGCAGGGAUUUUAGUGCAAUACACAGGAUGGUCAUCUGUUUUUUAUGUGUAUGGUAGUUUUGGUCUGGUUUGGUACAUGUUUUGGAUUCUGGUAUCCUAUGAAAGUCCAGCAAAGCAUCCGACCAUAACUGAUGAAGAACGUAUCUAUAUCGAGGAAAGCAUCGGAGAAAGUGCUAAUCUUAUGGGUCCUUUAGAGAAAUUCAAGACUCCUUGGAAAAAAUUCUUUACCUCGAUGCCUGUCUAUGCAAUUAUUGUGGCAAACUUUUGCAGAAGUUGGACAUUUUAUCUGCUGCUAAUUAGCCAGCCAGCAUACUUUAAAGAAGUCUUUGGAUUUGAAAUCGGCAAGGUGGGAUUGCUGUCUGCUGUUCCACACUUGGUCAUGACAAUUAUUGUGCCUAUUGGAGGACAAAUUGCUGAUUUUCUGCGAAGUAAGCAGAUUCUAUCGACAACGACUGUGAGGAAAAUUAUGAAUUGUGGAGGAUUUGGUAUGGAAGCAACUCUUCUGUUGGUGGUUGGAUAUUCUCAUAGUAAAGGAGUGGCUAUAUCAUUCCUUAUCUUAGCCGUUGGAUUCAGUGGAUUUGCUAUAUCUGGAUUCAAUGUGAAUCAUCUAGACAUCGCUCCUCGUUAUGCCAGCAUAUUGAUGGGAAUAUCGAAUGGCGUUGGCACAUUAUCUGGGAUGGUUUGCCCUCUAAUUGUUGGCGCAAUGACAAAGAACAAAUCACGUGAAGAAUGGCAGUAUGUCUUCCUGAUUGCGGCACUUGUUCAUUACGGUGGAGUUAUAUUCUAUGGAAUAUUUGCUUCUGGUGAGAAACAACCGUGGGCAGACCCUGAACAAACCAGUGAGGAGAAAUGUGGCUUUAUCAAUGAGGAUGAACUUGCUGAAGAAAGUGGAGACAUUUCUCAAAACUACAUAAAUUAUGGCACCACAAAGUCGUAUGGAGCCACAACGCAGGUUAACAGUGGCUGGCCAAAUGGCUGGGAUAAAAGAGAAGAGUUUGUGCAGGAAAAUCAGGAUUCGUACCAUUGUGCAGAUGAAGGAAAGGAUUCUUAACAUUACUCCACAUAACUAGAUAUUUUUGUAGUGUCUGUGAUGAAUUUCAUUGUGAUUGUUUGCACAUAUGUGGUGACACGUGUUUCACAUAUCUUCAACGCAGAUCUUGCCUUGAAGGAAAGCCCCAUAUGUAUGAGUUGUGAGAUUCCAUUCAUGGAUUCCAUUGGGUCAUCUUCAUUCUAAAACAAUGAACAUUAAAGUUUACAAACCAUCACAAUGGAGGAUGCUCCUCUGUGAAAGCACAAUUACCGAUAGUAAGUCAUGCAUGGGAUAGUCUUAAAGGAUUUAUUUUGUAGGAAAGAUACUGAAUGAUAUGUGACAUGUAAAGAGAAGAAAUGUCAACAUUGUUCUUAGAUUAUUGAAGGGAUAUUAUAACAAAAUAUUUAUAGGUCGAAAUGGUUCUAGAUGUAUUACCGAAAACGUUUACCGUAAGAACCGUAAAUAAAGUACCAUGAGUUUAACUCAAUAGCACACAUGGACAAAGACAUUCCAAAUCUACAAACUGCUGUGCAGAUACAUUCAAUGUUGAGCUGUGGAUUUCGGGAAUGGUAUGUGGAUAUCAGUACUGGUCUGUGGAUCAUGAUAGUGAUCUGUAGUGCCCUGUCGAGAUCAGUAGUUAUCUGUGGACAUCAGUAGUGACCUGAGGAGAUCAAUAGCAAUCUGUGGACACCAGUAGUGCCCUGAGGACAUCAGUAGUUAUCUGUGGACAUCAGUAGUGACCUGAGUAGAUCAAUAGCAAUAUGUGGUCAUCAGUAGUGACCUGAGGAGAUCAGUAGUUAUCUGUGGACAUCGGUAGUGACUUGAGGAAAUCAAUAGUGAUCGGUGGACAUUGGUAGUGGCCUGUGUAGUGCAGUAAUGAUCUGUGAACAUCUGUAAUGGCCUGUGGACAUCUGAAGUGCUACUUAAGUGAUCUGUGAAGAUUGGGCUUUUGCCCCAUGGAACUAGAAAUUGUAUUAACUAUCAAAAAGAAUCUAACAUUUCAUGCCAAGCACCAAACUCAAUCUGCCAAAUCUACAAUAUGCAUUGCAAAAGUGUUCCCAUCAGUGGAGUGGAUCAGGGACAUUUUGUAGAUAGUCUCGUAUGGAAUAUUUUUAGUAACACACUGCAAAUAAGAAUUUAUAGAAAACUAGCUGUAUGAGCAUAAUCUCAUAAAUACAUUCUCAUUAGAUAUUUAAAGAAUAGUUUAAAAUAAGAUAAAUCUAACAAAUAUCUAUUUAUAGUACAUGUACAGGAA